GAGUCUCUGCAGACAAUGCUACUGUAUAUACUAUACUAUGGCUCGGCGUACCGGUGUGUGACAUCGGAGACACUCUUUAUGAUCCUGAAGGACUCAUCUCCCUUGCCGGGACGCGCCUUUGACUGCGCCCACCUCCGUCAUACUCACCGCUCAGUGGCCGCUCUCCACUUGAGAGUUGCGCAUGCCAAUGUACCUUGAAAUCUCGUGGCGCUCGCUAGUUCGCUAGCUCAUGCUCCGAGGCUCGACCGUGCUCCUCACCCUAAUCAGUGGCAUGCGCGGCAUGAAUGGUCUUACUGCCAUGACUGAGCUGAGGAGAGCUAGUCGUCUCUAUGACGACGCCGGGGACCGAGCGCUACGCAUAGACGCUCCGACGCCGUCUGCCUCUCGGAGUGACUCGCUUCCGAGCGCAUCGGGACGUGCACGCUCCGAUGCGCCAGCCAUCAAAGUCCUGCCAACAACGGCGAGAUGAGACUGGUGAGCUGGAGAUCUGGAGAGCUGGA